AUGCAGCCACAAGAACAACAAACAUUCACAGACAUCUCUUCCAAGAUGAAUCCACAAAGUCAGCUGAAUCCAACCAAACAUGCCAUGUACUAUUCCUCACAGUCCUUACCAAGUGGUGUUUAUCAAGAACAACUACAUCAGUCACAUGUCAUUGUGGAAAUGCCUUCCCAAAUUCCACAACCACAUCAAGGAAACGCUCCCAUGAUGCCACCACCUCUACACCAACAAACGCCAAUGAUGUCACUUCCAUUUACACUUCCCGUCACAAAAACUCAAUUUUUCGCUCGUCACAUUCAACCUCUUGAAAACUCCAACACUCGUUUCAAAUUAGUGGUUCAUGACGACAAUCUUUUCAUGACCUAUUUAGGUGUUGUUUUCUUAAUCUUAUUCUUUCCUGCAGCUUGUUGUUUGGAUUUAGUCAAUAGUCUUGACGCAUGUUUAAUGAUGUGUGGUUGUUUAUUGGUGUAUUGGAUCAUUGUGUUGCCAAUCAUUUUGUUAAUCUCCCCCUUCAUCCUUUUGCUUGCAUUCUGGUUGGAACAAGAGACAACUGUGUGUAUGGAUGAUGAGAAGAAAGAGUUGUCCAUUCAAGUUCGAAGAAUUUUUACAGAUUCCAUUAUUAGUAGUUGCCAAUUUGGGUAUUCAGAAAUUGUGAAAUUAACUUUUGAAAGACAAAAAGCUUGGGAAAAAAAGGUUAUUCUUGAAAACAAACAUGGACAAAAAUUUGAUCUUUCUGUGGGAUUGAGUGAGGACGAAGUGAAGGAAGAAUUGGAUUAUAUUUUGAAAUUCUUUCAAGUGAGAGGUGUAGAGUUGGUGGAAGAAAAUCAACAACAACAACAACCAUCAACAACAAAAAAGAAAUAA